AAAAUCGACAAGAAGGAAGGGAGUACCAGCGAAAGCAACCGUGUUGACCAGUCAGUGAAACAUAAGAAACAUACUUUUUGAUUCAAUUCUUGUCUUCUUGAAUAUUGCCAAUCUGUAAAGUAUGAUGACGUGGACAUGUUCUCUCUUGGUAAGUUUGUCGCUUUUGGUUGUUCUGAUAACAACAGACACAAAUGCAGCUCUCGUCAACGUUGCACUUGGAAAACCAGCCAGCAUGCCAAGUAUCAGGGGAUUAACCUGGACUGCUGAUUUAGGCAAUGAUGGUAACGCUGAUGAUAACUUUUUUAACAAUCAUUGUUUCCAAACUGAUACUGAAAUGAGUCCCUGGUGGCAAGUUGACCUUCAAGAUGUUUAUUACAUAAGUCAAGUGAACAUCACCAACAGGAGGGACUGCUGUACCGAUAGAGCGGCGAAUGUUGAAAUUUCCGUAGCGACGGACAGUCCCAGUAAUUGGACUGUGGUAGCGUUUCAGGAAGGUCAAAUGGGUCUUUUCAAAUCGUUCACAUUUGAUACAGUAACGGCUCGUUACAUCAGGGUAACUUUAAGAAACGAAGAAUCAAUUUUUCAUCUAUGUGAAGUGGAAGUAUUUGGAGAAAUUACUCCCGUCGAUGACUGUGCUGAUAGUCCAUGUUUGAACGGCGGCGUGUGCACUGAUGGGAUCAAUAGCUACACUUGUCAAUGUACACAAGGGUUUUAUGGAAAUAAUUGUGGACAAGCUCUCGUCAACGUUGCACUUGGAAAACCAGCCAGCAUGCCAAGUAUCAGGGGGUUAACCUGGACUGCUGAUUUAGGCAAUGAUGGUAACGCUGAUGAUAACUUUUUUAACAAUCAUUGUUUCCAAACUGAUACUGAAAUGAGCCCAUGGUGGCAAGUUGAUCUUCAAGAUGUUUAUUACAUAAGUCAAGUGAACAUCACCAACAGGAAGGACUGCUGCACUGAUAGAGCGGCGAAUGUUGAAAUUUCCGUAGCGAAGGACGUUCCCAGUAAUUGGACGGUGGUAGCGUAUCAGGAAGGUGAAAUGGGUCUUUUCAAAUCAUUUACAUUUGAUACAGCAGAAGCACGUUACGUCAGGGUUACUUUAAGAGACAAACAAACAAUAUUUCAUUUAUGCGAGGUGGAAAUCUAUGGAUACAAACUAAAGAGCGCUUAA